CUCGUCUAAUGUCUUCUAAUACGUAAAGUAGAUCCCUAAGCAGUUGGUUUUACAAUGAGCAUGGUGACAGUUAUUUAAUUUUUGUAUUAUCAAACAAACCCUUGUUAUUAUUUUGUAUCGUCUCGUAAUAAUAUGAAACAUUCAACUCAAUUGGUUUUUUCGUUAAUAAUUUCGUCAGCAUUGGCUGCAACCACGAGUUACCAGAAUGUUAAAUUUUUACCCUUGCCCGCGUCAAAUACGAAAACAUUAAAUAAUGGUUUGGCAAGGCGAGCCAGAAGUUACCAUUUACCAUACACCCCUCUCUAUAGCGAAACAUUUUGGCCGCCCACCCUUGCUAAUCAUGAUGAAGGCGAUUUAAUUUUGGACUUACCUACAUUAUAUGCUGAAAAUUUGGAUUCCAUUUACCAGCCUAGCAUUGAUCUCUCUCUCGUAAAUGUCAAUGAUUACUCUGAUCCAUAUCUCCUUGUGGGCCACAAUGCUGUUGUAGCCGUUCAUCGUCUUUAUAGCAAAGAAUUAUUCUUUGGGAAUUAUCCCCACGUCAAAGCUUUAUUAAAUAAUAACCAAUUCCGUUUGGCAAAUGGUCUCGGGGAAAACAGACUUGGUUCGUUAAGAGAAACAUCUCCUUGGAGUCGAUAUAAAAAUGUCGCGUUUCCGUCUCAUUUGUUUGGAUGAAAAGUGACUGUUAUAAAGUCAAAAUUGUGGAUAUUAUCCAUUAAUUACUCAUUAUAAACAUUUAUUGUUUAUUAAAACAAAAGAAAAGAGAGACAAAACUAUUAUAUGUAUAGAUACAUAUAUCCAAACAAAAUUAUUACGUGAAAUAUUUAUUUUUAACAUCAUGUAGAUAUUAC